AUGAAAGUUUUUAUACACGGCAUUACUGCCGUGUGUAUUUUUUAUCUGUAUUUUCUCCCAACACGAAAGUCCGAUGGCUCGGCAGGGCAGCAGUCCAAACAGAACAUCACCAUUGCAGCUCUGGCACCAAUGACAGGAGAAUGGGAUGUUGGACGAACAACAGCCGCUGCUAUGCCUAUUGCCGUUGAAGAUAUCAACAACGAUCCCUCUUUGUUACCAAACCACCGCCUUCAGUUUGUAUUUGGCAACACUAACUGCUCACCUAACACAGCCUUACCUCUGGUUAUGAACUUCUGGGCUCAGCAGAAAAGAGGAGUAGAUGCCUUUAUUGGGGGAGGAUGUAACCGAGUUUGUGAAUAUAUCAGCUUGUUGGCAGGGAAAUGGAAUCUUCCAGUCAUUUCAUGGGGCUGUAUGUCUGCUCAUUUAUCCAACAGAAAUACGUUCCCCACAUUUGUACGAACUGUUGGUAAGUAAAUUCCAGUGGAGUCAAACCCAGUGAACUAAAAAAAAGUGUUGUUGUUUUUUUCGAGUUUGAUAAAUUUCUACUUUCCCAUUCAUAUUUUCUUAAGUUACAACACUAUACCUGUUUAUUUCAUUUUAUCAUUAGAAUUUUUUCCUUAAUAAGUUACCCUAGAAAAUUGCUCCAGUCCUUUUUUCUGCCUCAGCUUCCAUAUUUUUUUUCCUGUUCAGUGAAUUGCUCAAAACCGGACAGUUAAACAGAAGUCUUCCUGUUAUGCAUGAUCAAACUAUCGAGUGCCCGUAUUUGUCAACAUUUAAAGGCGAGAUGAUGUUAGAGGAAUGUACAAUUAAUCCCAUUUGGAAUAAAUGAUAUUUCCGCCCAUCUGCCUAAAUAUUUACAACAAGUUUAUCGAUCAGGCCUUUUUGAUUAAGGCUCUUUUACACUUAACUUGAAAUAUGUUGGGAGUUGCUAAUAUAGAUAUAUAUAUGAUACGGCUUGGAAAUAUUAUGUAGCUAUCUCUUAAAAAUCGCUUUUGCUAAAGGAAAGUAGAUUAUUUUGAGGGGGGCGUAAGGGUUUGCGGUAUUGCGGUAUUGGGUUUUUUUUGGUGCGGUGUUGCGGUAAUUUUUAUUUCAAAGUACGGUAUUGCGGUUUUCAGAACCCAAGCGGUGUGCGGUGAGUUUAAAUUUUAUGUCGCGGUAGUCGGUAAAAAAAUCGUUAUGUCACGGUGAUCUGCUUCUUUUUCAUGACAAGAGGAUACAAAUCCUAAAAGGUCUCCCUAGCUAGCCUGCGUGACCCGCGUGUCUUCCUAUAGCUGCACAGUCGGGGAUCGUAUAUUGCGCAAACAGUCCAGACAAAUCGUAUGGCUUGUAAUUUCAGUUAAUACUUGAUAUGAUUAACGACAUUAACUUUCUUAUCCAAUGAUACAUAAACAUGUCGCAUUAUUUAUAACCUCGUAGAACUUGUGGGAAUAGUCAGCUUGGUUAACCUCCUUACCAAUCUUACCGCCUCUUUCGUGCCAGUCGCGAAACAAUGGCGAGCGAUCCAGAGGGUCAACUAAGUGAUCAGUCAGAUAUUCCAGCAAAUAGUGAGGUCAGUGAGGUCGUUAUAAAUUUCGUAGUGUCGAAAGAUAAUCUAUGAAGAUGCUGUGGUCUAAAGAUUACUACUCGUCCUUCUCGUUGUGCAUGCAGGAAUAUAGAAUGUACAAGUAUUCGUGUGUGCUUAGCCUACGUAGCAUGGCAGCCCGGGGGGCGGGGGGCUACUUCCUUAUAAGAGGCUAAUGGGGAUGUGCCGCUGGAUGGCGCCGCAUUUUCACGAGUGAAGUGACUAUAAUGGGGUCGCAUUUUCCAGAGAGUUACUAGAAUGGGGUCGAGCAUUUUCUGAUUUUUGGGGGUAAGACAGUUCUUCAUAUUUACGGUUAGCAAACGUACCAGAAUGUUCGUACUGUAGAUAAAAAGUUAAGUGUUCUUCAUUCAAUCUAAAAAAUGGUCAAUUCAUAAAAAUAGAAAGCGACUAAGCUGGGAUUGCGAAAAUUAAAUAUUUGCCCAAAAGUGACUAAGAUGGGGUCUAUAAUUGACCACUGAAUAGACUAUAAUGGGGUAGGGGCUCUGAGAAGCCAGCGGCACAUACCCAGCAAAAAUUAACCCAAGUACCCCCGUUGUAUCAUUUAUGUAAACGUAUACAUGUUAUGAACAAAAUUAAACGAGUGCGAUGAUCUUAUGUUUAUCGCAAGCUUGACUUCGACGCACCUUGAAUUGGAAACACUGACAUAAAAGUAUUAUUUCUAUUUGAAAGAGGGAUUUGUAGUAUUGACAACGUCAACUUUUUCCGAUUUGUAAUUGCGGUUUCGGUAUUUGGGUAAAUUAUGAUGUGGUAUUGCGGGAUUCUCGUGCUACCAUGUGCGGUAUUGCGGUAUUCGCACCCCCCUUACGCCCCCCUCUAUUUUAUUUUACUUAUCAAGACAACGCAAUUUUAGUCGUGCCACAAAGCAUAAUAACAUAUCGGAGCUUCGAGCUCCUUGUAGCGGGCUUUGUAUUAUAAGCGGCAGGCUGUUUGGCUAAUCUUUUAUAUAUAUUAAGUGUUAGGUACUCUUUUUAAUUUAGAAUGUUUUGCUCAUAAGGUCCCUACACUAAAAUGGAGAAACUGCUUAAACGUCUCAUGGAACAUUUCAGUUGGAAGCGUGUGGCUAUUAUCGCCUCCACAGAUGACAUCUGGCAAAUUGCAGCAAACUUAGUUAAAAUUGAGCUUCUCCAUCACGGAAUCAACGUGGCUCAUUUCCAUUCGUUCAUCCCAGGACGUCUUCAUAUCCUAGAAAGCAGAAUUGAACGCCAUGCUGAUCUGAUCAGAAGAGCGGCUAAACGCGCUAUGAGUAAGUAAGACGCGAAUACUUUUAUCUCAUAGGUCCACACUAUCCACCAAUAAUCAUUUCAUGACUUUAACAAGGGAACAAGGGGACGCAGGUUAAACGGUAGGUGUUGUGACUUCAAGUUCGCUUGAAAUAAGAAAUCAUUUCACUUGAAAGAAACUGCAUCAGUCGGUCUCUUUAACUUAAUUUAGUAUAAGGCAUAUUGAAAUCGUGAAUGCCUAACGUCUUAAGCGGUAGCCUUCCGUUUCGUUCCGACAGGAGAACAUUUUAUCGAACUCAUCAAACAAAAGCAAACUAUUUAGGCCCUUCUGUUCAUAUACGUAGCACUUGACAAAUUCUUUUAUUCGGACUUUUGAUAUAUUUCUCAGGGCUUAUCAAUGUAGUCCAGCGGUCUGAUGUGAAUGAUUUAAGUCUUCUAUGAUUAGUUCUAAUUGCAGCAGGUUGAGGUGCUGCGUAAUGUCUACCCUAUGUUUGUGCUGCUCAUCAUUCUAGUACGACGUACUAAAGCAAGUAUUUUUUUCAGUUUUUAUUUUGUUAUGCGAUGGAGGUGACAUUAGAGAAAUCAUGUUGAACUUUUUGGAUCUGGGUCUUCUUAAUGGUCAUUACGCUUUCAUCACGGUCCACUUGCCUAAGCGGUAAGUUAAGACUGAAUGCCGUUCACUCUCUGGAAAAAUUCAAAAGCGCCACACCCCACCCUUUAUCAGAGUUUUUUGUUUGAUACAUUGUAGAUCUUACAUUGGUAACAACACGUGGAUGGGUAACGAUGGACGGGAUAAUGACGCCAAGAAAGCUUAUGAGGGAGUCUUGAACAUUGAACAAAAGUUUGGAACAGAGAAGAGAACCGGAGACAAAGUAACAGCUUUCGUAAAUCGCGUCAAGAGCAGGUUGAAAGCCGAUCCCUUUAAUGUGGAGAUUCCGGAAAAUGGAACAGUGAGCUGUGUUUUAAACAAAUUAAUAGUACAUGCCAGUGCACAAAAAUGAUAUGUGUAAAAUAUAAAAGUCGCUCCUCACAGCCAAUGCAACGACGAACACCAAACUUUUUCAUCCUCACGCAUGAACAACAAAUCAUGCUUAUUCGUUUUUGAAGACUCUUAGUAUCUCCAAAAUGUAGUUCUAUUUUGACAAUUAUUACGGUGGCCGAUGUAUCUUAUUGGAUAAAUUGGUCUCCAGUCAUAAGGAAAGAACUGGGACGUUUCGAGGAUUAGUCCCUACCCAAGGUGCUCGGGAUACACCUUCUCCUCCCUCUUUACCAACUUCUCUUGCUUCAAAUCAUUUCUGACACGUGGUCUGCUGAACUACUGUGUAUUAUCAUAGGUAACAAAUGUUGAAUAUUUCUUGAUAUCCAACUUACUGAUUCCAAAUAUGUGAUUAUCACCUAGGUGGAAGCUUACGCUGGGACAAUGUAUGAUGCUGUUUUACUGUACGCGUUGGCUGUUAACGAAACUUUGGAAUCCGGAAAAAAUAUCAGAAAUGGCUUGGAAGUAUCCAAGAGAACUUACAAUAGAGUUUAUCAAGGUAUCUGAAUAAUUUCUUUCUUUCUUCCAUGGUGUCUUCAGUAUGUCUUCAUUGGUGAUGCUCCAACUAUAAGUGUGUGACGGUUUACCAUGUACUGUAGCUCUGUAGUCAAGUCUAUGCUGAUGUUGUUCUACUGUUCAGUCUACUGUAUGUGUGCUCUUCUAUUUUAUUAGGUAUCGCGGGACCAGUUUACAUGGACAACAACGGCGACCGAGACCCUGAUUAUGUCAUUCAAACACUAAUUGAUGACAGAUUUGAGGACAUUGCGUAUUAUACUCGAUAUAAUGAUAACUUUACUAUCAGAGAAGGUGUUACAAUCAUCUGGCCGGGAGGGGUCACCACUCCACCUAAAGAUAGUCCUGAGUGUGGGUGGGAAGGCGAACUUUGUUACAACGACAGUGGUAAGAUGAUUCUGGUUCUUUUCACCAAGAGAACAUCAUUAAUUUUGUUUUCUUUCUCCCUCUAAUUCAACAUCGAAGAGAAUGAUUUAGUAUCUUUUUAUUAACUUCGCCAAACAAUAAGAUAAGUGACACUACAAAAAAAAGCUUUAGUACAAGUGAUUCAGUAAAAAAGUAAUGUUAGGCUUUGUUUUUGAGUGGAAGCGUGUUGGCUUUUUUGUAGCUAGGAUUGCAGGUCUGACGCACAGACCACUUGGCCACCCUUCCUGGUCUAUUUCCUUCCUGCUUAGAUGGACUAUUUGUUUCUCUCCACAGAGGAUAGCACUACAUAUAUCAUCAUCGCCUGUUGUACCGUGUUUGGAUUUGUAUUUGUUACCAUGGUGUUUGUUUUUGCUUACAGGUAUAGUGAGAAUUAUUUCUUGCAAAGUAUUAAUUUCGUUAGAUCGUUUUCCCUCAAAGGGAAUGGUGGCGGGUCUAAGCUAUGUUGUUAGUGAACCUAUACUUAGUGCUGCCCGAGUGAGUUUCCCAAAGUUGCAAUAAAAUUUUUAAAUGUUAUUGUUGUCACUCAAUCUUCCAGCUUUUUCCACCUGAAAAUCUAUUGAGAAACACCCGUAUUUUUCAGUCAGUGCCCAGCAGAAAUUUCUUUCUCUUAUCAUAGUAACCUCGUCCCAAGGGUAAGCCUGGUGACGUGGUUGAACCACUGACCAAUUUUGCGUUGUUUUGUUGUGCAAUUAUAAAACGUCAUCACACAGAACCAAAGCACUUGAUUUAUCUUAUAACAGGAAGCUGAUUUUCGAGCUGGAUCUUGCGCAAAAUCAGACAUGGAAGGUCAAACAAGAAGAUAUCGUGUUAAGAGAUACGAUCAACCUCUUCGGAAACUCGGUGAGCUAAGCGGUAUAAAAAUAUAUUAUAUCAUUAACACUACCUUUUCAUGAGCAUUUUACGCUAUUCAUAUAGCAGGUUUUUCACAAGAUACCAGUGUAUUUGGUUUUGCAAUUUUACAGAAUAAAUCUGGGAUAUUCUUAUUGCACACAAACAUUGAUUCUGAACAGUGUUGGAAAUUACAGGGUAAAAUGAUAAACGUGAACCUCUUGUUAACUUUUGCAUAUUCAGAACGGAAACUUUGGUUCUGGGAGAACUAUGAGAUCCCGGACGUCAGCUUCACGUGCCAAUCGCUCCAGUCGAGUUGGUAGUCUAAGAUCAUGCGCAAGUGUGAAGUCCGCUGACACACAGUAUUCAGCAAGGUGGAGUUUGCAGGAGCAAGUCUUCUCUUCUGGGUUUACUAACAUCGCUUUCCAUAAGGUGAGUAAGAAAAAAAUAAUAACAUAGGGGACUGGGAGACGCAAAGGAGUUGCUGGAAGGAGAAGUAAAAAAUCCUUUGCCUGCUAUUGCACCAUUUCUAUGACCACAACAUACUGAUUAACGUUCUUUUUACGUCAAUUCCUAGUGAGAUAUUACAUGUAAUUAACUAGGUUAGCCUUUUUUAUUGUUAGUUAAUAUGUACUGCCAGGACACCCCCCAUUGACCGUCUUUCUAACCUUAAUUCUACUUGGUUUAUCUUUGAAGGGUGAACUGGUUGUCGUUAAACACAUAAAAAAGAAAGAACUUCGAAUUUCUCGCAAAAUUCUGAUUGAAGUCAAACAGGUAAGUCAGGUUUGUAGAACUUUUUUUGGUGGCUAUUAACGAUAGAACUAACAAAUUAGUGUUAGUCAGAACUACAGUCGAACCUCACCCCAACGGUCACCUUGGGGACAGAGGAUAGUGGCAUUUGUGGAGAGGUAGCCGUUAUGAGGAGGUAGGGGGGGGGGUAAUAUGACAAUUUUUUUUAGGGAUUUACAACACGUUUAUUGUUCUAAAUUCAUGCUUACUGUAUCCCAUUAUGAUAAUCCAAUAAUGUAUAAUAUAUAGAGAGAGUUUAGGUACACAAAAAACUUGAACAAUUUUUUAAAUAAAAAUGUUAACGAGACAAAAUGAGCAAGGUUCACAACAUUCGCUAUCAGUAUCGUAGACAAUUUAUGCUUACUGCCAGCCGAGUAUACAUGGAACACAAUCAAAAUACGAAUACCACGAUUACUGAAUCAUCAUCGCUCCAUACGAAUCAAAUUUCAUGGCCAUUCUUGACUUUUUGAUCAGUCGCUGAAAAACUGGACGUUUUUGUAGUUGGGUACGCGCUCGCUAAUGGAGACAGUUACGUAGUAGGUAGACGGUAGACCGACAUCUAUCAGUGCUGUUUUGCGUACCUAUCUGAUGAAAUGUUUGUUUUUGUAUAGGCACGGGAAUUACGCCAUGAAAACAUCAAUCCUUUCAUCGGAAUCUGUAUCGACUCACCCCAGGUUAUGAUCCUCUCCAAAUAUUUGAAACGAGGCAGUCUUCAGGUACGUCAACGAUUUUUUAAGUAUUGCUGCCGGGAUUGAAAGAUAACAAGCCAUGCAUACACGACAAAAGUAGAAUAAAGUUGAUUGUGUUUUCUCGAAAUACAUCAGUAAAAGAAUGAUUCACAGUUGUUCUAUAGUGUAAUGAACUUAUCAUGGACAUCAUAGGAAAUUAUUCACGGGCCUACAAUAAAUGAAAUUAUUAUGACUUUAACCCCGUGUUAACUUUAAGGCUAAAAGUUUGAUACUAACAUUUUAAUGCUUUCAUUUAGGAUCUUUUGGAGAACGAGGAUUUUAAGCUGGAAGAAAUUUUUAUCCUUUCAUUGGUCCGUGAUGUAGCAACGGUAAUGUAAAACAUUACUUAACAUAUGCCACUGAGAGACACAUCUCAUCCCCGAGGUCUCGUCCCUUAGAAUGAGUAGAAACUGAAAGCUCUGACUUGUUUUACUCAGUAUUUUUUGAAAAAGUACAGUAGUCAUGUCAGAUGAAAAACUACCCUGGUCACAGCUAUAGUUAAAUAGCAUCAGAGUCAUGACAAAAGAGAAUGAGCUCAUUCUCUCCUGGUCAUGAUCAUGCACCAAACCGCCAAUGUGUGCAGCAAAUAUUUAAACGUGUUUAGUGAAUUAAGGUCGCUUUUUAUAUAUGAGGCCCGUAUUUCAACUAGUACAACCACAUAAUCAGCUUCAGUGACUCCCAGCACAAAACAUCAUUAUUAACCAUACGACAGCUAGAGUCUAUAUCUUAAAAAGACCCUUUCUUUCUGCACAGGGUAUGAUGGUUCUUCACAAUAGCGCAGUGCAAGUGCAUGGUCGGCUCAAGUCCUCCAACUGUCUGAUUGACUCGCGGUGGGUGUGUAAGAUAGGAGACUGGGGUCUAAGUGAGCUCCGCUCCCCCGCCGACCGCCUGCCUCCCAGAGAAGAGUAUGAAAAAUACAAUGGUAGGUUGCGCAUGCGUGUACCAGUUUAUAAUUCUCUUAUGGGUCAAAGCAGAAAAUGAAAAUAAGUUAUGGAAUUAGUCAAUUCUGAAAGCAUUUGCUCGGUCUUUUUACUUGCUAAGAAAGUCAGUGGGUACUCUCCGCUACAAGGAAACUGUAAUUAUAAAACGACCAAGGCAUAUUAUCAUUAGACCUGUCAGAUACUAAAAGAGCACCUCCAAAAGUCCUUACCAUAACCUGUAAAACAUUGUGCGCGCACUAAACUCGAUAACUUGCUUAGUCAUAACCUUCAAAUACCAAAAAAAGCAGCUUUUAGUGUUUUCUUGAGAUAUUAUGUAUUUCAUUACUUUUCAGAUAUGUUGUGGUGCGCCCCAGAACACAUACAUGAUGACGACAUGGACAACAGGGGAUCACAGAAAGGAGAUGUAUACAGUUAUGGUAUAAUUUUACAAGAAAUUGCGAUCAGAAAGCCACCUUAUAGCAUGUAUACUCUACAACCACAAGGUAAGAGUCGCAACUGAUCCGAUGACUUAAUUUGCAUUACCAACAAUCUUUAAUCAUGAGACUCGACUUGCUCACUCACUUUUCCCCUUGCUUUUUGGCGCUUGUUACAUGUACUCGCAAUUAAUGUUUGAACACCAGUAAUAAAAAGAACAAUGAAAAGAAACAAUGCCAGUGAUUGUCUGAUUUACGGUCGACAGAGAUAAUUGCUCGAGUCACUGCACAUGAAGACCCACCAUUUCGCCCCGUUGUUGAGGCGAAUGCUUGUAAAGAAGAGCUCCAGUCCCUAAUGACACAGUGCUGGGAUGAUGACCCAGAUAAACGGCCUCACUUUAACAAAAUCUUGGACAGGCUGCGAAAGGUGAUGGGCAGGUAUGUCUGAUUAUAAUCAGAUCCUCUCCCAGUAUUGGAGCAGAGAAUAGGGUAGGAGGCGGUUGCAUGUCCAUCUCAUCUAGUUCCUUUAUUGUGUUUCUCCAUGUUCGUUUGCCCGGAUGAGCUGAUUUGCAAAGAAAAUUGUCUGCAUACGGUAUAUCCAUAACGAUCGACAUAACACUAGAGUAUGAAGCAGUAGCUAGCAUUUUUUUAGUGAUUUUAAAAGGGUUAACUCUCUUAACAACAAAAAAUGAUGGAGGCGAUUUUGCCAAUAUAUCAAUGUAAGAAUGGCAAGAAACGUUGCCUUAAUGUAAUGAUUACCAAUGAACCAGUGAAUGUUUUUAUCUGCGGCAAAAUUUUAAACUAUUGUGCUUUCUCUAGUAAGGAUGUGAAAAAUAAAGAUUGUUUUUCGGAGGAUGUUGUUCCCCUCCAACACUCACGUUCUUUUCCUUGUAGAGAUGUCAACAUCAUGGACAACAUAAUGGCACUAAUCGAGCAACAUACUGAUAACUUGGAGGCGCUAGUGGAAGAACGAACUCGUCUGCUGAUGGAGGAGAAGAAGAAAACAGACAAACUUCUGUACAAAAUGCUACCAGUGUAAGUCAAGGAUUGUCCCGCAAUUCUGCUUCUUGCCUUUUUUCCUCUGCUCAGCAAUGUUUAGUUACCUUUCAAAAAUAUACACGGAUUUCAACUCAAAGGAAGAGAUUAAACAGCCUCACACGACAAUUGCAACGCUGAAAUGUGGCCAGUCCAAGAAAAGAGACAAGAGACAAAUUUAGGUAUUCAGUAGAUGUGUCUCCCAUUUUCCAGGAGGUCGAUUGAUUUUCAUUGUCAAUCAUCUAUCAACUCUAUCUUACCAACUUUGUUUUGUCCUUGUAACGUUUCAGAUGUCAAUAAAAUUUUUACUGUUGAAUUUCUUAUAAUUUUAUCCUUGUGUCGAGGACCUUGUUUGAGGAAAAUCCUCACAAAAAAAAACCUUGAGAGUGAUCCUUGAUUAAACUGCGUUUUUUUUUCUUUUUUCUGUCAUACAACAGAGCUGUAGCAGAGCAGUUAAAGCUUGGGAAGCCUGUGACUCCAGAGUAUUUUGACGAAGUCACAAUCUAUUUCAGUGAAAUCAUGGCUUUUAUUGACCUCGCUUCAGAGAGUACGCCGAUGGAGGUAAGAAUCACAAACUGAAAUGUAAUUUUUUUUUCAUCAUUGUGAAAUUUGCAAUAGUUGGUAUUAUCUUUGAAAUUCAUCUUUAGGUGUAAUAAACAUGAACAACGAAGUGCAGAUUACUCAGACAAUUUUCUCUCUCUGGUUUAGAUUGUUGCCUUUCUGAAUGAUUUGUACCUUGCCUUGGACAACAUUCUAGGCAACUAUGAUGUAUUUAAGGUGAGUCAAGUUGCCCCAGUGAUUCUAUCGCUCUUUUUAUCUAUGAACAGACAACUUGAACAACACCGGCUAAUCGUAAGGUUGCAGUGAACCAUUUCAGGAAAUAAUAUUACUUAACCGGAUGAUAAUUGCUAAAGGUAUCCACGUGAUCUUCCCUCGGCUAUAUGAAGCUAUGAGUGUGAUCUAGUGUAAGCGUGCUGGGUAAGGAAGAGAAAACAACAUAUGCUUGACUAUUAUUCUAUUUUGGGAUGUCCUUCUCGGAUGGAUUAAAACAAAGGUAAAAAACUGUUUUUUCUUCCAGGUGGAGACAAUUGGUGACUGCUUAUUGGUGGUGUCUGGUUUGCCUGUUAGAAAUGGCAACCGCCACGCUGCGGAAAUAGCGGACAUGGCGUUUGACAUCCUCAGUCUUAUGACUCACUUUAAGAUCAGGCAUAGACCCCGGAUGAAGCUACAGCUUAGGGUUGGACUGCACAGCGGUAAGCAAACCCAAACCAACGCACCCUUAUGUAUGCGCCACUAUCGUUAAUCAGUUAGAGAUGUAAUCGUAGGGGGAGGGGGAGGGGAGGGAGGGAGGUUUGACUUGGUUUAGAGUCAGGUACCUAAAUUAAAUGUAUAUAUCUUUGCUGGGCGCGUCUACUAAAUUUCACCAGAGUACAAGAAAAUAGCGUCCCUCUGAUUAUUUUUAAAUUAACUCUUCUGAAACCUCUCCUUCAAACUUCAAUACACAAGAUAAGCAUCCACUAGGCUCUUUUACCUAUUUGACAAAAAAUCUUGCUUUGCAACUAUCAUGUGAAUGACCAUAUACCACACUGAUUCCAAGUCAUUUGGCGCCGCUGAGACUGAGAAAAAUGCGGUGUCUUAGAGCCAUGCCCUGAUUGACGUCAUUGUUAUACUUCUUACUUCUUGAGUGUACGUCAUGCUUUACCGAGUUCACAAUGGUAACAGAUGAAGACGUCUUAGGGUUGAUUAGGGGUUCAACUAUUAAGGCAUGUGCACUGGAUCCACUUCCAGCGAGUGUCAUGCGGAAAUACUAUUCUAGUCUUGUCCCUAUAUUUAGAAGGGUGAUCAAUUUGUCAUUAUCAUCUGGAUUGCUGCCCAAGGAACUUAAGGUCGCGCUGCUAUCACCUAUUCUUAAGAAAUUAAAUGCAGACUUGGAGCAGUUUAGUAAUUUUCGCCCUGUAUCAAAUUUAAAGUUCCUGCAAUUGAAUAGCUAUCUUGGCGAAAAUGAUCUACACGAGCCUCUUCAAUCAGCGUACAAGACUUUUCACAGCACCGAGACUGCACUUCUCACUGUUACAAAUGACAUUAUGCUGUCAUUGGAUAAGAGCGAGAAUGUUUUCCUUGUUUUAUUGGAUCUGUCGGCAGUAUUUAAUGCCGUUAACCAUUCCUUGCUGCUGGCAAGACUGCAAAAAUAAUUUGGCAUCAGAGAAACUGUACUCCAAUGGUUCGAUUCUUAUCUUUCUCAAAGAACUCAGUUUGUUAACAUCAAUGAGGCGAAUUCUACGGUACGAGAUCUUCCCGUGGGUGUUCCUCAAGGUUCAGUUCUGGGACCUGUACUCUACCUUCUGUAUACUGCGCCACUUGGUAAAGUGAUAAGAUCAUAUGGCUUGGAUUAUCAUCUAUACGCCGACGAUAGUCAGUUAUACUUUGCAUUCAAUCGGUGGAUGUGGACGCUACUAAACCGAGGGUCGAGAACUGCAUUUCUGCAAUAUGUCGCUGGAUGGAUCUCAACGAAUUGAAGCUAAACCAAGACAAGACGGAGGUCACGCUCAUACACUCAAAGUAUCGUCCCUCUCCAUCCUUUCCGUUCUUUAUGUGUUGGUGAUGAGAGCGUGGCUGCCUCUCAGUCGGCUAGGAGUCUUGGUGUUAUCUUUGAUGAGCACAUGUCUUUUCAUGCACAUGUGUCUAGCAUCAGUAGAUCAUCAUUUUAUCAUCUCAGGAACCUAUCUAGAAUUAGGAAGUAUUUCACUAAAGAAUCAGCAGAAGUUGCUGUUCAUGCAUUUGUCACAUCGAAACUAGAUUAUUGUAAUGCAUUACUAUACGGCCUACCUAAGUAUCAGUUACAAAGAUUGCAGUAUGUACAAAACACGGCGGCUAGAGUUGUGUUGUUGUGCGAGCUUCACUGGCUACCGAUUCAAUAUCGUAUUAUUUUCAAGAUUCUGCUCCUCGUGUAUAAAUCACCGAAUGGGACAUCGCCUAGCUAUUUAGCUCAGAAACUACAUUAUCAUUCUCAUACUAGAUCAUUGAGGUCUGUUAGUAAUGAACUUUUAAUGCAACCUAGAUCGUAUACCAAGACCUACGGAGAUAGAGCAUUCGCUGUUCAUGCACCGAGAGAAUGGAACUUCAUACCCUAUGAAAUUCGGAAGUCCAACACCAUCUCGAGUUUUAAAAGAUCACUUAAGACGUACUUGUUUACUAAAUUCUGUAAUAACAGAUCAUUAUUUUUAUAGAUUUGUAUUUAUUGCGUUAGUUUUAAUUUUUCCCUUUUUUAAAUCAUUAUGAAUAAAAUAGUUUAAUAGUUGCUUUAGUUUUAAUUUUUUUCCUUUUUUUUACUCAUUGUAAAUAUAAUUAGGAUGUGGUUGUAAAUAUGUAAAUAUUUAUCAAUAAUGUUGUUUACAUGACUGUAAAGCGCCUUAAACGAAGGAUAAGAGCGCUAUAGAAAUAAAGUUAUUAUUAUUAUUGUUAUUAUUAUUAUUAUAGGUUCGUGCGUGGCGGGUGUUGUGGGAAUCCACAUGCCUCGCUUCUGUCUAUUUGGGGACACAGUGAACGUAGCGUCGAGGCUGGAAACCACUGGACAGGGUAGGAGCAUUUCAACUCAGAAAACACCUACUGUGUCCACUAUGUUUUCCUUAUUUCUUAAAUUGCUUUCUGAUUUUGAUCAUUUCUCCCCAUCAAAGCCUGACGUGAGGUCAGUUUUUCUUAUUGUUUUCCUUAGCUCUCAAGAUUCAUGUUAGCGAGGACUGCUACAGGCUUCUGAAAGAAAUUGGUGGAUAUAUAUUUCUUAAGCGAGGCGAAGUGUAUCUUAAGGUAAUCAGUAAAGGAUUGCUAGACGCCAAAUCGCAGGGGUGGGGGCGAUUUGUUCAAUAAUACCUGAUUUCCAGCUAACGGGGCUGGCUGGGUUUUCAUAUAAUAACAAAAAUGAUUUAUGUUACGUUUAAGUGACGCAGUUUUGGUUCUGGGGGAGCAAGCCUAGCGAAUAGGCCUGGGAACAGCCCCAUAGUCUGUCUGUUAUUUGGAUUGUUAGAAGGAAGCAUCAGUUACACUCCUUAAUAUAUUCAUGACAAAGUCAUGAUUGGCUAUGAUGACAUUAGAAGAUGUAAUCGAUGAAUCUUACAGAAGUGGAAGUGCAACUCAAUUAGGAAAACUUCAUCCCUACCUGGGAGAUACUAUUUAUAUUUGGUAAAGUUUGGAAUUUACAGAUUCCCCUUCUGUGUUCAACUUCCCUUUUUCUGACAUUUUUCUUUCAUUCGUCCCUUAAUUCCUUAAUGGCCUCACUGAAGGUGAACCUUAAGAGACCGCCUUUGGGGGUAACUGAUGUUUUUGUUAACAUUUAGGGGCGUGGUUUCUGGAAAACGUACUGGUUGAUGGGAAAAGAAGGAUUCAACAAGCCACUGCCACACGCCAUGGCCGCAAACUCAGAGCCCUCUGUUGAGACGCUAAAUGUUUACUACGCCAGCUAA